UUGAAAGUGAAGAGUGUGAUAAAACAGAAAUAAUUGUUGGUCAACUUGGAAAGGAACUGGUGUUAAAUUUUCCACUUUCUGAUCUCAGAGACGAGUAUAACAAAUAUAUCACUGAACGUGAUAGUGUAAAAAAGUUUAAAGAAAGUGAAACUACGAUCCAGGAUCUCAAAAAUGACUCAGAUAUUCGGUUUAAAAAUAAGAUGGAUUCUAAAAAUGAAGAAAUAAUGUUUGAGGAUGGUAAUUCAACUCAUCAUUCAGCCAGUAGUGAAAUCACCAUAACUGAUGACGCCUUCGUGGUCAAUAAAACAGAUCUACAAAAAGAAGAUGCUGGAAUAUAUUGGAUCGAUUUCAAUGUAAUUCAUUUGGGACAGAAAUCUUUGCUUAUCGCAGGCAAACCCAAAAUUAAGUGCCGGCCUCCACCAAAUCCUGUAAUGAUAGCGGAAGACAGCCAAGCAACGAGCUUACAACUAGAAUGUCACAGUGUUUCAACCAGUAUAGGAGAUUGUCAACUGGUCAAUAACUCUAUGUAUAUAAUGUGGUAUAAAAAUGGAAUGAGAAUGACUGACUUAGAUCCAACUUUAUCUCAAAUUAACGUGACUGUAGACCAUAAUGGUGGAAACUUUACGUGUCUGGCUACAGAAUAUCACCCUUGUUAUCAAAGACUACAGACCACAAAACAUUACGAUGUUUUGAAUAUUGAAGAGUGUAAUAAUGUCUUUGAGAGUGAAACCCUAUUCAUAAAAACUCAACAUGUACCUAUUGAUGUGAAACUAGAUCCAGAUCAAAGGGAGGUAACUGUAACUACAGAAACUAAGAAGAAAGAACUGAUGUCUGUAGAGAUGAAUAUAGUGAUUUUUGCUAUUAAAUUUAUUACUGGUUUUAUAGUAGUUGUUAUUGUUUUUGUUAUUGCUGUUGGCUGUAUGGUUAUGAUGUGUAAGAAAUAUCAUAAAAAGAAAAAUCAUCAUCAUAAUCUGGUUUUAGAAGAAGGUAUUUAUGACACAAUCGAUGAAUCGUUAAUUGGAACGUCCAGAAACGAUAAUUCUAGAAAUGGUGAACAAAACAUGGAUUCAGAUAUAUAUGAUUUAUUAGAAUUCAAUACAUUGGAUGGUCAAAGGUCUGAUCCUGAAGUAUAG